AUGUCUUCUUUAGUGACUGCAAAGGAUUCUUCUUGUGCGACAUCUUUGGUUGGUAAAAAACCACGCAAAUCCUUGAAAUCUUUGGUGGCGGAUAGUUUGCCUAGCAAAGCAGCUACAAAUCGGGUGCCGAAAUGUGCUCGUUGCCGUAAUCAUGGCUGGAUAUCGGAGUUACGGGGCCAUAAGAAACAUUGUACUUAUAAGAAUUGUCGUUGUGCCAAAUGUGUGUUGAUUUUUGAGAGGCAGAGGAUAAUGGCUGCUCAGGUAGCCCUUAAGCGUCAACAGGCUGUGGAAGAUGCCAUUGCUUUGCGUUUGGUGGCCACUAAAACUGGCCAACAAAUGGACACUCUACCUCCAGGCAAUAUAUUCGAUUUGGCUGAAAAUCUUCAGGACCUUAAAAAGUCUGCAGCUUCACAACAACAGCAAGAUUGUGUGGAAGAUUUAAGUUUGCCCAGCAAACAGCCAGAGUCAUUGCAGAAAACUAAAAUAAAUAUAGAAGAUUCUACCCCAACUAUAGCCACCACAAUCACAACAUCCGCAUCUACUCCUAUUACCAGCCUAUCAUCUUCUUCUGCAGAUGCCAAAGUUUCACAAAAUGCCAUUGAUAUGUUGGCCCAGCUGUUCCCCCAAAGAAAACGAGCCGUCUUGGAAUUAGUUCUGAAGCGUUGUGAUUCGGAUUUGGUUAAGGCCAUAGAGAAUAUUUCCGCAUCAUAUAAGGAUCAUCGGGGAGAAUCAGUUGAGGUUGAUGUUGAUCAAAUGGCAGGAAAUGUUAUGAAAAGUGCUUUUAAACCGGUUUAUGGUUCGGGGAAUAUGCACCCCAAACCCUUAACCCUGGGCAACACUUUAUGCUCCACUGCUACCGCAUAUCCCAAAUGGUUUGUGCCCCUAACAUUUCCCAUCACCUUUCAGGGUCAUUUAGCGCCUGCAUUACCAACCACCUCCCUACCGCCACUCACUUCACGUUGUACUCUGCCGAAUUGUGCGUGUUUGGAGGGCUAUCAAUUUAAUUGUUCAUAA